CAAAGGACUGUGUGAAACUCGAUAGUACACUGCCAAAAUUCACAUCAUUUAACUAGCCAUGAAGCUGUUUGAAGAAAUUGAAGGAGAGAGGAAGGAUGAAUAGCCUUUACAUUAUUUCCUUCACGGUCAUUUUGGGAGUUCUGUCAGCUAACAUGACCAGCAACAGAAGCAAAGGAGAACAGCAGCAGUACGUCGCAACACGUUCCCUUGGAACGACGAAACGUUUCAAACCCAUCGCCCUCCAGGUGGAGUGCGAGCUCUGAGGCUGAGAAGUGUUGGAAAGCAUCAAAACCGGACCUGGUAGUUGUACAUGCAUUGUCUUCUUCCCUUCCGCCCGGAAAACAGGUAAGUGAGAAGAGCAGCGAUGUUUUCGAGAAUUGAUGGCGGCUUCUGGAUGGAUGACGGUGGAGACGACGACGGCCCUGUCGCUUGGACAAGAGGAAACGCCUCCAGCUCUAGCGGAGGGGGAAUGGGGGAGCCCAAGGAGGACGAGCUCGGCCUUUCCGGCUUUAAGUCCAUGCUCGUGGACGACUGGUACGUCGGCGCCGCCGCCCACCACCCCUUCGAGGCCUUCCAGACUCAGCAGGACCUCAAAGACGUCGCCUUUCUCCCGAAUCCCUCGCCCCAUGAGGCCCUGUUGCUGCCACCCGUCGAUAGCCUCGACCAAAGCCAACCCUUUUUCUCGUCGAGACCUGCCCUUUCGUCUGUCUUCAAUGCCUCGAACCAUUUCGGCGUUGGGGUUGAUCUCAGGAGCGACGCGCCGGGGUUUCUUCCGGCAGUCCCGGUUUUAAAUUCCCCUGACUUGAUGAACGGAGGAGGUGGCGCCAUCGAUGGAGUGUUUGGCUUCGUCGGAAUUGGAACCAGUGGACAACUCGGUUGUCCAGAGCUGAACCCCGCAAGCCAAUUCUCCGGCGCCCUUCUGCUACCUCCUGCCGAGAACUGCUCCGUUUCCAGCUCUGGCACCGCCUUCUGCCCUGUGGGCUUCGACAGCUUGGAGAAUUCACCGUUUCUCAACCGGUCCAAGGUGUUGAGGCCUUUGGAGAUGUUCCCUACAGCGGGCUCGCAGCCCACCCUGUUCCAGAAGCGGGCGGCCGCCGCUCUACUGCAGAACUCGGUGGCUACUGCAGAAAAAGUCGGCAUCUUGGGUCCUUGGGCGUCGAAAGGCAGCUGCCAAGGGAGCAGCAGUGUGGCUGCAUUGGAGGAAGAGAAAGAGAGGAAGAGGAAAGGGAACGAGGUCGAUGAGUUGGACGAGGGUAGCAUUGACGGGUCCGGCUUACAUUAUGAUUCUGAUGACUUUGCCGGAGAGUGUGCCAAAGUUGAGGAGAAUGCAGGGAAUGUAUUAGGUGGAGGAGGGAACAGUUCGAGUGCUGAUGUCAUGGUGGCCGACAGGGGGAAGAGGAAGGGUCUCCCGGCGAAGAAUCUGAUGGCGGAGAGGAGGAGGAGAAAGAAACUCAACGACAGGCUUUACAUGCUUAGAUCUGUUGUCCCCAAGAUAAGCAAGAUGGAUAGAGCUUCCAUUCUUGGCGAUGCGAUUGAGUACUUGAAGGAACUUCUCCAAAGGAUCAACGACCUUCAAAAUGAGCUUGAAUCAACACCUUCAAGUUCUUCACUGCCUACAACAAAUGCAACGAGCUUGCACCCCUUGACUCCCACACUACCAACUUUGCCAUGCCGUUUGAAGGACGAACUCAAGCACUGCUCGAGUUCUUUACCAAGUCCAAAUAGUCAGCCAGCAAGGGUCGAAGUUAAGGCGAGGGAAGGCCGAGCCGUCGACAUACACAUGUUCUGUGCCCGUAGGCCUGGUCUGCUGCUUUCAGCUUUGCGAUCACUUGACAGCCUUGGGCUUGACAUUCAGCAGGCGGUCAUCAGCUGUUUCAAUGGAUUCGCGCUAGACAUUUUCCAAGCUGAGCAAUGCAAAGACCCGGGUGUUCUGCCUGAAGAAAUCAAGGCUGUGCUCUUGCACUCUGCAGGUUUGCUCAACACAAUGUAGUCAGCAAUCAAGGUAGCAAUUGCUUUGGUUCUCUGAGAUGGAUCUUGUAUGCUCUCAUCCCCAAGUGUUAUCGGCAGCUCUUAGCAUUAGUUAUCCAGGGAUGCUGCUGCUUGACCCUUAUUCCUCUCUUUAAUUCACUGAACUAAACUUUCUGUUCAAGAAUAAUGUAUGAAUCUUUUCUCAA